AUGACGUUGUCACCGAUAGCCGAAAGCCCGUCGACGGAAGAACAAGCGGACAUGUUUGGUGAUGUGUACGACAAGCUGGGCACCCUCAGCCUCCAAAUCAAAGAAAUCCAGGAUGGGAAGCGGCUCUCAGAUCAAAAGCUUGACACCAUGCUGGUGCGUUUCAACGCCUCCGAUGACAGGAUGCUUGAGAUCCACAAAAAACUCGAGUUCUUGCUGUCUUCUUUUCCGGCGCCGGGAACAGUGAAGGAGCAGGGGUCAACAAGCUUUCUCGAAACACCUCCUUCUCAAGAUUCUCGCAUCCCGGAUCCACCGCCGCCUUCCGUACCAGUUCGUCGGGAACUCGCUCCUGCCAUGCGCGACACCUACGAGAGGGGUCCAAAUCCGCGUGAGUCGUUGUUAAAAAAUGUCGAGAUGCCUUUAUUUGACGGAACGGAAGCUUACAGCUGGAUCGCUAGGGUUGAGCGUUUCUUUCGAAUGGGUGGGUUUACCGAUGCCGACAGACUGGAGCUGGUCUCUGUCAGCCUCACCGGCGAUGCCCUGAGCUGGUACAACUGGGAGAUUAACCGUCUGCCUUUCCAAUCUUGGCUACAGUUUAAGGCAAGGUUGCUUCUCCGAUUUGGGAAUCUCAAAAGCAGAGGACCAAGUCAGAGCCUUUUUUGCCUUAAGCAAACCGGUACAGUUGCCGAAUACAUCCAUCAGUUCGAAGACCUAUCUUCUCAAGUCUCAGGCUUAGAUGAUAACAAGUUGGAGGGUAUUUUCUUAAAUGGGUUGUCUUUGGAGAUGCAAGAGAUCAUCCACAUGUGGAAACCACAGAGCUUACCUGAGAUGGUUGGGGUAGCACGCGAUAUGGAAUCAAGCCUCAUCAGACGAGUGGUAUUGCGGGAACUCCAGUCAGACAAAGGUACACUUAAACAUCACCAGGAGAGUGGCCAAUCCAAUUUUUCACACUCUGGAGGAGGAAAGUCGAAACCUUUUGUCACCAUUCAGCAUAGUCAGCGUGAACCCCCACCCGCGACCACCUCAAGACCUCGUAAGCAUUUCACAGAUGCAGAGUUGGACGAGAAACGGCGUCGGGGACUGUGUUUCAAGUGCGAUGGCCGCUACUUUAAGGGUCACGUCUGUCCUAACAAAGAACUUCAGGUAAUGGCUGUUAUUCACGGUUAUGAAAUGGAGGUUUUAGAGGAAAACAUGGUGGAACUUGAGGAUACAGGGAACAACGAGGAUCAACCUCAACUGAUGUCACUAUCCUAUGCGUCAUACAUGGGUAUCUCUUCCGAACAUACCAUGAAGAUGCGUGGCACUCUUGGCAAACAACCUAUCGUAGUUAUGCUCGACAGUGGUGCUACUCACAAUUUCAUCACACCAGGCUUGGCAGCUAAACUUCGAGUAGGACAUGAAAAGACGACGGGGCUACAUAUCAUCCUAGGCACAGGCAUAACAGUGCGAGGCUCGGGAGUUUGUAGACAGGUCAGUUUCUCCGUCCAAGGGGUUGAGUUUAACGGUGAUCUGGUUACUUUGGAUCUGGCCAAUGUGGACAUUAUUCUGGGCAUGGCUUGGCACAGAACCUUGGGUGACUGUGAUGUCAACUGGGAUAAACAGACAAUCUCCUUCUGGCAUAGAGGUCGUCGUGAAACGUUGUGUGGUGAACUGGAUCUUCAUGUCUCCAAGAUGUCUCUCAAGACUUUCUCGACUACUGUUGUACCUUCCUUCAGUAAACCCUCCGCAGUGCUCUCACCUCUGCCUGAACCUCUGUCCACAGUCCUAGAUACGUUUGCAGAUGUUUUUGCUUCCCCAACUACGUUGCCACCAAUUCGAGGUAGGGAACACUCAAUCAAGUUACUUCCUCACUCGGGAACUAUCAGUGUCCGGCCAUACCGUUAUCCUCAUGCACACAAGGAGGCCAUGGGAGAGUUAGUUCACGAAAUGCUACAGGCGGGUAUCAUUAGACCGAGUACGAGCCCUUUUUCUAGCCCUGUUUUGCUGGUUAAGAAGAAAGACAAUUCCUGGCGUUUCUGCGUCGACUACAGAGCUCUGAACAGAGCUACCAUUGCGGAGAAGUUCCCCAUCCCCUUGAUUGACGAGCUUCUGGACGAGUUGUGUGGAGCUCAAAUAUUUUCGAAGCUGGACCUCAGGUCAGGGUACCAUCAAAUCCGAAUGAAAGAAGAGGACGUUGAGAAGACCGCUUUCCGCACUCAUGAUGGACAUUUUGAGUUCCUUCAAGACUCUGGACGAGCACAUCGCCCACCUCACCACGAUUCUUCAAGUGUUCUCUGA